AUGGUCAAUGUUCCUAUUUCUUCCAAAACACCAAAAAAUAAAAGAACUGCUUCUGAAGCAAAUUUUUCCCCUCUCUCAAAUUCCAAUGACAACAGCAAUUCAACAACAGAAAAUACUGACUUAAUCAAUUCGCUUGUUGACUCUCAAGUGAAUUUGGUUAAUACAACUUUACAAUCUAUUAAUGAAUUAAUUCCUACAUUGACAACAGAACAGACACCAAUUCUCCAAAAUUUUAUUGCUACUAUUACAGCUCAAUUUGAUUUGUUAACCAAAUCGAUCAAUAUUCUAAAAAAGCAAAAACAACAACAACAACAGCCACUUUAUGGACAACCUCCUGCUGCAGCAAAUCAAUAUGCUAUUACAGCAGAAGAAUUAGAAAGACAACGCAGUAUUGUCUUGAGUGGGCUACCUGAAUCAACAAAGCAACUUCCCUCAGAACGGAUGGCUGAUGAUGUUGUGGCAGUGAAACAUCUACUCGAUACGGUGGGGAUCGAGUGCACUCCUAAAAGCAUUUUUCGUAUGGGAGUGUUCAAGCAACCCACCACUCAACGGUCAAGAUUGUUAAAAAUUAUUUUUCCUACACGAUCUUUUCAGUCAGAUGCAAUCAAACAAUGGAAAAUUAAAGGAAAGAAAAUGUUUCAACACCUCAACAUUCGCCCUUCAUUGACAUUGGAACAACGAAAUCGCAGAAAACACUUAAUUGACGAGUGCAAGAAGAAGAGGCAAGAAAAUCCUGAUCAGGAUUGGAUUGUUUAUGCAGACACAAUUAUUUUGAGAUCGGAGGUACAUAUUUUUCGUAAACAAAAUUAGCCAAAGCAAUAAACUAAAAAAAUUCUUUAUACCUGGGGCUCCAAAUAAACUAAGCGGAAAUAUUAAUAUCGAUAACAAUAGUCCAAAAAAUAAUUCUUUUAAAAAUAGAUUAAGUUGUAUUUAUCAAAAUGUUCGAUCCAUUAGAAACAAAAUUCCCGAGUUAGACUUACAAAUAGCCACCCAUAAUCUUAAUAUUAUUUUUCUUAGUG